CUGCGGCUGCUGCCUCUGCUCGCGCUGCCGCCAAGAUGGGGCUCCUAGACGCGGAACCAGCGCGCAUGCUGGAUGCUGUGUCCACCGCGGUCAACGACACCAUCGAGUUCUACAGAUGGACCUGGACAAUCGUAGAUAAACGUGUUGAGAACUGGCCUCUAAUGCAGUCUCCAUUGCCUACAUUAUGUAUAAGUACUCUUUAUCUCCUCUUUGUCUGGCUGGGCCCUAAAUGGAUGAAGAACAGAGAACCUUUCCAGAUGCGUUUAGUGUUGAUUGUCUAUAAUUUUGGAAUGGUUUUACUUAACAUGUUUAUCUUCAGAGAGCUAUUUUUGGCAUCAACUGCUGCAGGAUAUAGCUAUAUUUGCCAGAGUGUCAAUUAUUCAGAUGAUGUGAAUGAAGUCAGGAUAGCUGGGGCUCUGUGGUGGUACUUUGUGUCAAAAGGAGUUGAAUAUUUGGAUACAGUAUUCUUCAUUCUGAGGAAGAAAAACAACCAAGUAUCUUUCCUUCAUGUGUAUCAUCACUGUACUAUGUUUACAUUGUGGUGGAUUGGCAUUAAAUGGGUAGCAGGAGGACAAGCAUUUUUUGGAGCUCAACUUAAUUCUUUUAUCCACGUGAUUAUGUAUUCAUAUUAUGGCUUAACUGCAUUUGGCCCAUGGAUUCAGAAAUAUUUAUGGUGGAAACGAUAUUUGACUAUAUUACAGCUGGUUCAAUUCUAUGUGACUAUUGGACAUACAGCAUUGUCUCUCUAUACGGAUUGCCCUUUCCCCAAAUGGAUGCACUGGGCUCUCAUUGUUUAUGCCAUCAGCUUUAUUUUUCUGUUUCUUAAUUUCUACUACCAAACAUACAACGACCCCAAGACAUCAAAAAAUCGAACAGCAGCAGCAAAUGGUAUUUCAGCAAAUGGUAUAAGCAAAUCAGAAAAGCAGCUAGUGAUGGAGAAUGGAAAAAAGAAGCAUAAUGGAAAGGCAAAAGGAGAGUAACUUGAUCCAGGCCUUAAUCGUUGUUGACAGUGAGGAACUUCCCAUCUGAUAAAAUUUUCAGGGAAAAACACAAGCAAAUGAGAGUUUGGAAUAGAGAGAAAGGAGCCUUCUCUCUCUGUGCCAGUUAACUUUGAGAUUAACUAAAGUGUUAGAUAAGACACCCAGAUGUUUAUUUAUGAAUAUUGUUUUAAUUAUAAGACUUCUAGUUAACUUUUGAUUUUUCUCCAGACUAAAGGAUCAUCUUAUUAUUUGGAAGAUUACCUUUCAGGCCACAAGGUUCUUCACAGAAGAACUUUUGCUAGGAAGUGACUAGCAAAAUAUUAUAAUAGAGUUUUCAUAAAUCUUUUUUGUGAAUAUGUGCAAUUUUUUCUAAGGUUGGUUUUUAGACCAACUAGAUGAGCCAUAUCACAAAGUGACUAUGUUUAAUGAGGACAUCAGUAUAUUUAUAUGCCCUCACAAACAACCGUUUAGUCUAAAUUACCAGGUAUGUGUCCUAAUUUGAAAGGGAACACUUUCCAUUUUCUGAGUUGAAGCAUGAUGGUAAUAUAAACAAUCUUAAGUUUUCUGGAUUUCAAUUUACUUUCUAAUGUGGUCUGAACAUGCCAUUUUUGUUGUUGUAAUUAGAUAUUAAAAAUCUGGUAAUGACUCUAAACUCUUAAGUGUUUGGUGACGUCCGGUGUCGGUGAAUAUAAGAAAGCAUUGCAGAAAAUAUCAUGUUUUAGCAGUCCAAAGGUUAUUGGAAUAACCAGUGAUACAAAUGAUUGUGGGGAAACAACUUUUUGUGAGGAAAAGGUAGCCUUUGAAUAUUUUUAUUUCUGGCAGAAGUGUAUUAUGAAAAAUUAUAAUUAUUGUCUGAUUGGAACAUGAAACGUCUCUUGUCUUUAUUAGCAAUAUCAACAGAAUUACAUCUUUGUACUAUUAGAAGAGUAUGUUGAAUUUAUCAGGCUUUCCUUGUUUUGAGUGUCUGUUACAGAUUUCAAAAGUAUAAAUAUACUACCUCUUCUGUUGAAAAGAACAUUUGAAUAAAUAAAUUUUAAUUUUAAAAAUGCUACUAAUACAAGGAGUCUUCCAAUGUAAUGUUAGUCAUAUUAACUCCAAAACUCACUAUGCUUCCUUAGUUUUGUGAAUAGUGUAUGCUCAGGUUUUUCUAUAAAAUCAUUCUUUCCAUUUAAAUACCAGUUUAGUUUUAUAGUGAUAAUUUUAUUGUGAUUAAGUUCAGAUGUUAUUUAUUAAUAGCAUAUAUUACUAUCCCAUUCUAGUGCAAUAUUCUUGACUCCUUGGUGCUGAAAGCAUGAAAUUCACAAUGCUUAAUGUCGUAAAGUAAUAGGCAAGGACAGAACUACAAAACUACAUUUGCCAUUGAAAUGCAAUAUUUAGGUAAUGCGUGACCAAUUCCCUAGGGAAGAAAACAUACACUGUUUGUCCAUAUUACUUGAGAAGCAGUGUGGUGUAGUGGAUAGAAAACUGGCCUUGAAGUUAGAAAAACCUGUGGUCAGGUCAUGCCUCUGACAUAUAGCUAUGUGACCCCAUGUAAGCAGGUUAUUUGUCUUCAAAGACUACAAAUUAUGAAUGAGGUGGCAAUCAUAAUCAGUAGAGGAAGUUACUUCACUAGGAGGUUCUCAUUGGGAGUUCCUAUACUGAAGAAAUCAAAGGUCCAGACAUUUAAAAAAUAUACAUACUACAUAAAUUAAUUUGUUAGUGAGAUGUUGGACAUAUUUCUAUUAAAAAGUGGAAAACUGUAAUACUUGACACAAAAGCAUGAACAAGGUUCUAAAAGUUUUAUUGACAUGUAAAAACUGCAUGUGCAGGAUAUAUACUGUAUGACUGUGGCAGACAAAAUAUUUUUUUAAAUUUUGUAAACCACAAAAUAUUUAUUGUGCAUUAAAAUUAGGCAUUUCAGUGUUUUUUUCUUAAUGCAUUUGCAAUUAUUAGAAUUGUAGAGUAUUGGCUACAGAUCCAUAAUGUUAUGGUCUGAUAGGAUUAACCACACUUUGUUUUUGCUUCUUAGUUCUGUAAUAAUGAUAGAUUUGUAAUCUGUAUAAACAGUCUGUAUUGAUUCCUCUGAGCUCUUCAUUUCCUGCCACUUGAUUUAUGCACAAUAAAUAUGCCGCUGCAGUGGGAAA